AUGUCGCACACUGUAACCAUCCAUAACAAGUCUCCUCAUAGCCAAGAAUUCGAGGUCCACGGCUGGAACAACAAUCAUAAUGUCGUUGUCAAGAGCAACGAACGAGCGAAGAUCAACGCCCCUGAUGGAUCUUCCGGAGCCAUCAUCGCCCUCCAUAACGGUCAUGAAGGCGAACAAGCUGAAAUCACCAAGAAAGGCUUCAACGGCAACGACUUCUUCGAUAUCAGCAACAUCACUGGUGCAGGUGGCAACAUGACCAUUAUGCAGGUCGGCAACCCCAAGACAAUCAAAGGUCAUCCUACCUUCAUGCAGGCUCUCAAUAAAGCAUGGCACUCGGCCGAUCAGAAUACGAAGAACGAGAUCAAACAGUCGCUCCAUUUUGACGGAGCUGGAAACAUAAUCAGAAUGGACGCGACCAAGGAUAAUCCUCACCUUGAAGCAUUUGUACAUAAGUUUGAUGACUUGUCCUAUGUUGGAAAAGGUGCUUGGAAGGGAGAUAAGGGAGACCCACGAGACAACGCUCAGAGUAGCGCAGCUGAAGGAAGUAAAGACAUCUUGAUCACUUACAGUAAUGGAGAUGCCAGACCAGACCUAGAUGAGCCUACUCCAAUUCAUGCACAUGUCCUCGUAGCGAAGCAAACUGCAGCACCUCCCAAGGGUGUUGACAAGAAGCCUGGCGUCUUGCUAACCAACAAAUCUCAACACGACGAGACUUACUUCUUCUACGACAACUACUGGAAUGGAAACGGCACAGCCGGAGCCAACUUCGACCAUCCCAUCAAGUCAGUGCAUGUUCCUGCGGGGCAUACCAUCUCAGUCGAUCUACCAUCUUCUUUCAAAGGUCGCGUCCAGCGCGGCGACAAAAUCCCCGCCACAUGGGUCGGAUUCCAACUCGAAGCAUCCGACGACCACAAGGGGCACGGAGACGUCAGUGUCGAGCAAGGAAACGAUGGCGCAGCGACAAUCCGAUCUACUGAUGGCACGAACAGAACAGGUGGAUUCACUACUCCGAUCCACGCUCCAGGGUCUGCUUAUCAGACCAGAGCAGAUGGAAAGCAUGUCAUUGCCAGUACUAUGGGCAAUUGGCUGGGAGGUCCGAAUAAAGCUGCCAUCGAGGCACAACAAGGUAUCAAGGGCAAGGUGUAUGUUACCGGAGGGUCUGGUGUUCCUGAUAUUGCUUCUGCAGACCAUCGGUUUGCUGUGGACUUUUACUAG